AUGGUUGGCUCGUCCGAGCUGCCUCACGCCAGUCCGGCUCCGCCGCUGCUGGUCGUCAUUUCGGGCCCGUCCGCGUCGGGCAAGAGUUCGGUUGUCUCGGGUCUGCGCCAACUGGAGCGGCCCUGGCACUUUGCCGUCACCGCAACGACCCGACCCCAGCGAUCUGGUGAAGUGGAUGGCAGGGACUACAUCUUCCUGGAAGUUGAAACCUUCCUCCGCAUGCGCGAGCGGGACGAACUACUCGAAUCCGCCCAGGUCUAUGACCGCUGGUACGGCGUUCCGCGCCAACAGGUCCGCGACCCGCUGAUUGCCGGCAAAGACGUUAUACUGGGAAUAGACGUGCAGGGUGCUGCCACCAUCCGCCAGAUCGCGCCGGAGGCUCUGACCAUUUUCGUGAUGCCCGCCAGCCUGGACGAACUCAGCAGUCGCCUGUCCGGGCGCGGCACCGAGGGUGCCGCCGAGAUGCAGCGUCGCCUCGACGAAGCCUCCGUCGAGUUGGCCCGCAUCGCCGAAUUCGACUACCGGGUGGUCAACCGCAACGGCGAACUCGACGCCACCGUCCACGAGGUUGACGCCAUCAUCGCCGCCGAAAAAUGCCGGGUGAACCCCCGCCUCGUCCAGUUCCUCUAA